UAUAAUCCGACAUGUUUUCCCGCAGGAUGCUCCUCUGCGCUCUGACUCUCACUCUGCUGGCUGUGACUGUGGAGUCCUUUGAUUAUGUGGACGAGAACAAUGACACAUAUAGUGGCAAUACUGACAGUUACGACUAUUUCUAUGACUAUCCAGUUUCACGUGCUGAGAGGUUGGUACGACCUCUGAGAUCCCUCGAAUCUGCAUAUGGACCAAUUGGCCACUCUGGAGUCAAGAUGCUCCUCUGUGCUGUGACUCUCACUCUGCUGGCUGUGACUGUGGAGUCCUUUGAUUAUGGUGAAAAUGAGAAUUAUGAUGAAGGUACUGACAAUUCCGACGAGGAUGUUUCCUUCGACUCUCCAGUUGUGCGUGCUGAGAAGGUGGUACGACCUCUGAAAGCCCUCGAAUCUGCAUACGGACCAAUCAGCCACUCUGGAGUCAAAGUGACGCUCGAGGACGGAUCUCAGUGGCUCAUCCAUAAAAGAGUCGACUUUGCCGCCGGCUCUCAGAUGGUGGUGACCAGCGCUAAAAACAUGAGCCCAAAGUGGAAGUCGGUGGAAACCAAAGAAGUUAAAGGGAGGAAGACGGUGGCGGACUUCGUGAAGGCCGGAGGAGACGCCUACGACAUCCUCCUGGCCAACUGUCACCACUCAGUAGACGCCAUGAUGAACCUGUGAGCACGAGCACGUCUGUUUUCUCAAAGCUCGUUUCCUCUCACGGAAAUGACCUUUAUUCGUUUAUGUCGUGUUGUCUGAGCUCCAAAACACAUUUUACCACAAGAUUUACUUAAACCUCGCAACAGAAAUGAAACGUCAUGUCUGAAUAUUAUUUUUAACACAACAAUUUUAUCUUCACCAACAUAAAACUAUUUUCUUUUUAUUGACGGUCUGACUGCUCGUGUUUCAAACUGAUCUGAGCUUCGUCAUUUUCUUUCUCCUCGAUGCCGGCCUCAUUUCACCGUGGCAGACAAACUUAAGAUGUCAGAAUAAAAUCACUGAUUUUUAAAUAAGUUGGUGUGCGCUUCUGUAAUCUCCAUCGUUGGGUGUAAGAUGUGAAACAGAUAUUAUUUGAAAUGUUGUUGGGGUCUAUGAAAUGUGUUUUCCAAAAUGCUGUUGUGUUUCGUGAAGUGUUCCAUUUCUGCUUUGUGAAUAUUGUGUUUUGUGUCUUUUUUUAAAGUUUUUUUGUGUUUUGUGAAAUGUUUUUGUGUUUUGUGAAAUGUUGCGUCUGCACCAGCAGCUGCAGUCUGUUUGCUAACCAGGACGCCUGAAUUCACUACGAUGAAAACUUU